CGGAACAAUGGAAGAGCUGAGUCAAGCCCUGGCCAGCAGGUUCUCUGUGUCCCAAGAUUUGAACAGCACUGCGGCCCCCCACCCCUGCCUGUCCCAGUACAAGUCCAAGUACAGCAACUUGGAGCAGGGUGCCGGCCGCUGGUUUCUGGAACUGCAGAAACCCAAGUGCCUGGACUUUGUGAACCAUGAGAGGCUGGCUGAAGAUGACUGGGCCAGGAUGGAGAGUGAGGAGGAGGAAGAGAAGAAAGAUGAUGAAGAAAUGGACGUUGACAUUGGUAAGAAACUACCAAAGCGCUAUGCCAAUCAAUUGAUGCUCUCUGAGUGGCUGAUAGAUGUCCCUGCAGACCUGGGCCAGGAGUGGAUUGUGGUUGUGUGCCCUGUUGGAAAAAGGGCCCUCAUCGUGGCCUACAGGGGUUCUACCAGCGCCUACACCAAGAGCGGUGACUGUGUCAACAGGUUCCCGUCCCUCCUGCCAGGAGGCAACAGGCGGAACUCAGCCACAGCCAAAGACUACACCAUUCUGGACUGCAUUUACAGUGAGGUGAACCAGACCUACUACGUUCUGGAUGUGAUGUGCUGGCGGGGACACCCUGUUUAUGACUGUCAGACCAAUUUCCGGUUCUACUGGAUGCAUUCCAAGUUACCCGAAGAAGGCAGCCUGGGAGAGAAAAUGAAGCUCAAUCUUUUUAAAUCCGUGGGGUUCAACAACUUCCCUUGCACCCCCGAGAGCCUGUGCAAGGUGCUGGCCAUGGACUUCCCUUUUGAGGUGGAUGGGCUCCUCUUCUACCACAAGCAGACCCACUACAGCCCGGGCAGCACUCCUCUGGUGGGCUGGCUGCGCCCCUACAUGGUGUCUGAUGUUCUCGGCGUAGCUGUGCCCACUGGCCCACUGAUCACCAAGCCAGAGUACGCGGAGCACCAGCUCCAACAGAUCAUGGAGCACAAGAGGAGCCAGACGGACUCGCAGGAGAGCCUCGCACGCAAGGCCUCAGCGAACGGACUCUAUGAGCUGGAGCACCUGUCCACCCCCAGAGGGCUGAGGAGCCCUCCCCAGAGCCCGGAGCACCCUGGGAGCCUCAUGGACAACUAGAGAGAGCAGUCACCCGUGGGAGUCAUGGAAUA